UCCCUCCCUCCUCCGGUUGCAGCGCUCGGGCUUUUGCUCAGGCGACUGAUCCAUCUUAUUCUUGUUAUUAACAUGAGGUGUCGCGUCUACAAGAGGAAAGUGUUGCUCCUGGCGCUGGUGGUGCUGGUCACCGGCUUCGCCUUUUGGACCGGCACCGGCGGCGGGGGCGGCGGCGGCGGUAAACCGAGGAAGAGCCCGGAGACCUACCCGAGGGAAGAUGAGCCGUCCAGACACACGCGAGUCAGCCACGCCGACGCCCUCAGGAAAGCAGCCAACGAGUCCACGACCCCGUCCACGGGCAGGAUCCGGCCGCCAGCCGAGGUGGACAACCUGACGCUGGUGUACCGCGGGGUCGUUUACCAGUUGAACUUCGAUCAGACCGUCAGGAACCGGGAGAAGCCUCGCUCGCCCGGCGACCUGGUGCUGGUGGUUCAAGUGCACAACCGGCCCGACCACCUGCAGCUUUUGAUCCAUUCGCUCCGGAGAGCCAAAGGCAUCGAACGCGUCCUGUUGAUCUUCAGCCACGACUUCUGGUCGCCGCGGAUCAAUCAGAUCGUGGCCGGCGUCGACUUCUGCCAAGUCUUGCAGAUAUUCUUCCCGUUCAGCCUCCAGCUGUACCCGAACGAGUUCCCCGGACACGACCCCAAAGACUGCCCGCGUGACCUGAACAGGAGGGACGCGCUGAAGCUGCGCUGCAACAAUGCCGAAUAUCCGGACUCCUUCGGGCAUUACAGGGAAUCCAAGUUCUGUCAAACCAAACAUCACUGGUGGUGGAAGCUGCACUACGUCUGGGAAAGGGUGAACGUUUUGAAGGAUCAUAACGGGCCAAUGCUGUUCAUUGAGGAAGACCAUUAUCUGUCCCCGGAUUUCUAUCUCGUCUUUAAAAGCAUGUGGAGCCUGAAAACUGAACACUGUCCAGACUGCGACCUGUUAUCCCUGGGGACGUAUACCCGUGUCCUUGAUUUCACUGACAAGGGUAAUAAAGUGGAAGUAAAGACAUGGCGAUCGACAGAGCACAACAUGGGUAUGGUCAUGUCGAGAGAUACAUAUCAGAAAAUGUUAGAGUGCACAAAUACUUUCUGUGAAUAUGACGACUACAACUGGGACUGGACUCUGCAACAAUUGACUGUAUCCUGCCUCCCUCGGCAUUGGAAAGUUAUGGUUUGUGAAGCUCCUCGCAUUUUCCACGCUGGUGAUUGUGGAUUGCAUCACAAGAAAGCUUGCAUGCCAUCUGUUGAAAAUGCUAAAAUUGACAAAAUUAUAAGUACCAACAUGCAGCACUUGUUUCCAGAGGCCAUGGUGAUAAGUAGAACAUAUCCAUUGAUUGCAAUCUCCCCACGUGUCAAAAAUGGAGGCUGGGGAGACAUUAGGGACCAUGAACUUUGUAAAAGUUACCGAAGGCUCCAAUAAUUAUGUGAUUGUUUUUUUUCAAAGUGCCAGAUAUCAUUUUUAAUUGUUACUUUUUGGGGACUGUUACAGAUCAAUUAUGUAAUAUUUGAUUUUCAAGAAUGAAAACAAAUGGUUGACCUGAAUUGCUCAAUGGGUAAAUGCACUGACCAAUGUGAUUCUGAGCCAUGAAGUGCAGGAAAUUUCAGUUGUGACCACUGAUGUGUGCUGUGUGAGCUAUCUCAAUCUGGGUGGCAGUAGAGGGCUGCAAUUGGCCCAGUAUCCUUUGGGCAAGGGAGAGGGGGAGAAAGGGAACCAGUCUUUCUAUUCCUGGGUAAUAUCAAGUGACCCCAGUGGAAAGUCUGCAUAGUAUGGGUGUAUGGGCAUGAUUGGGCUUGGCCUUGAUACCAUGUGAUGAAUAGCUCCUAGUCUCAUUUUCUAGAUCCACACAGUAGAGUGGUGAUUGGAGAUGAGGUACUGGAGGGUUGCCGGCACUUACCCCAGUAUAAGUCUCUGCUUCAGCAGAAGAUGGGGAAUAAAAAUAGAAGUAAGAACAUUUGUUUUGAAAGAAAUGAAAAUAUUGCAAGAGAUAACAUUUUCAUUCUCGACUUGUGUAUGUUCUGGUGACUUAUUAAGGAAAAAAUCAUAAGGGUCGAUGGAACUGUAAAGAAUAAAAUGACAAAAGCAA